UUCGAAGGCCUUCGGCGGAGGGCCGCUGUCAUCCAAGGUUGGCGGCGAGCUCAUAGCAGAAGGCGUCAACCUGUACCCAUGCUACGGGGGCACCGAGUUUGGACCCCAUACGAAGGUCUUCGACAUGGACGAAUCUUCCAAUCCCGCCUCGGGCGCCAAGACGAAGGCAGAUUGGGAAUGGAUGUCAUUCUCCGACCGCGUGACGUGCAGAUGGGUUCCUGAGGGAAACAACACCUUUGAGCUACAGUAUCUGACAUGUGCAACGCAUCGCCCUAAUCUGGAGAAUCUGGAGGACACGAAGGGGUACGCGACAAGCGAUUUGUGGGAGUCGCAUCCAUCAAAGAAAGGAUUGUGGCGCAUAAUUGGUCGCAAGGACGAUGUUAUCGUCCUCGGAGAGAAAGUCGUGCCGAUCCCUCAGGAAGGGGUGAUAGGUUCGUCGCGUAUGGUCCAAGGAGUUGUCAUGUUUGGUCGGGGCAAGAGCCAAUGCGGUAUUCUCGUCGAACCGAAGAAAGGUCAUGCUGUCAACCCGAACGACGUGAACGCGCUGCCAGAAUUCAGGAACAAGCUUUGGCCGAUUGUUGAGGAGGCGAAUCGCACGGCUCCGGCAUUCGCGAGAAUCUUCAAGGAAAUGAUUAUUGUCACAGAGCGCGCCAGGCCCUUACCUCGUACCGCCAAGGGGACGAUUAUCCGGAAGCAAGCACUCAAAACUUAUGAGAAAGAGAUAAAUAACUUAUAUGCGAUGUUGGAGGACAGCGGAAUCUCUGAAAGUAUCCGCCCACCGUCCUCGUGGACUGUGCCCGACAUACAAGCCUGGCUCCUAGAACACAUUUCCGUUAUAUCCAAUGGCCGAGAUGUAAUCUCGCCGUCUAAAGAGCUGUUUGACCAGGGAUUCGACAGCUUGCAUGCCACGUUCCUCCGGACCCGCAUUAUCAACGCUCUCCGUGCUGACCCUCAGACCAAUAUAUUCGCCCUUCACGUAUCGCAGAACUUUGUGUUCGAGCAUCCGACGCUGCAUGGACUCGCCAUUGCCAUCAGUGUUCUCAUAGGAGAGGACAUUCACGAAGAUGUGCAGAACCACUAGUUUCAGUCAAGCGAUGUAGACUGUCCGCGGAUCUCUGGGUAGCUAGUGAAGAAUAAGAUAUAUAAUUGCGAACAUGUCUCGAACAUGACAGUUCGAGUUGGUCAGGCUGCUGGUGCUGUUGGAGUGCUGGGC